AUGACCGGGGCAACAGGCAGCUUGGGUGCACACCUUGUGAAGGAGCUGCUGGGCCGACCCGACGUCGAGACCGUGAUCUGUCUCAACCGCCUCAGUCGCGGCAGCGGCCCCGAGCAACGACAGCACAAAUCGAUGGAGGAAAAGGGAUUGAAGCUCGAGUUGUCAGACCAGUCCGCUAAGCUGCGCAUCAUCGAAACUGAUACGUCGAAGCCCCGAUUGGGCCUCACUGCGAGCAGCGUCGAAGCCCAGUUCGUCGCCAUGCGCGACCUGAUCGAUCUCGCGCGCGACGCCGCCGACGUAUCGCACACCAUCAUCACCUUCCAAUUCAUCUCUUCCAUCGCGGUCGUCGGCCACUAUCCGCUCUGGAGCCACAACCGGAAUGUACCUGAAGACCGCGUCGGGAUCGAUUCGAUCCUCUCCAAUGGCUACGGAGACGCCAAGUAUGUCUGCGAGCGCAUGCUCGACGCGACCUUGCACAAGUAUCCCGGGCAUUUCCGCACCAUGAGCGUCCGCCUCGGUCAGGUGGCGGGAGAUACUCCGUACUGCCCACCCAGAGCGAACUGA